GAGAAGGUAAGGUAGUUGAGGAGGAGGUGAAGAGAGAGAGAGAGACAGGUAGAGAGAGAAAGAGAGUGUCCAAUUCCCCCAUUCACAACUACUCUCUUUACCCUGUUAGCUUCACCCUCGAUGCUAAUUCGGUCAGACCAGAACUCUAUCGGGUCUAUAUUCCUCUCCGUUUCCUACAGACCCUCUCCACCUCUGACCCUCCACCUUUGACCUUUCACGUAUCCCUCAGAUCGAGUGUUGUGUCCUGGAGUCCAUCCCAGAGUCGUCGAGGUCGUCGAGAGACGAGACCCAGUCGUUAUCGAGAGAUGAGAAGGAUACUCUCCACUCAGCUGGGAUGCUAGCCUCCUCCACACAGCAGGCGCAUGCUAACAGCUACGGCUCACAGCAGAGGAACAGCCAACCGUGCUCCACACUGAAGGACGAGAAAUCUCCACGUCAUUGUUCCAGCGGCAACAUGGAGGACGGCGAUAAGCUCCUGGCCCCCCCCCCUUCUUUCGGCAGCCAUUUUGAGAGGACGAUCGAUGUUGUCAGGGGCAACCGUAGCCUUGGCCUGACAGUGAGUGCUAUGAAGGAUGGCUCAGGGAUGUUGAUCCGGUCAGUGGUCCGUGGAGGGUCUGUCUGUCAGGACGGGAGGCUGGGAGUCGGGGACACUAUCCUGGCUGUUAACGGAGAACCCACCACCAACCUGACCAACGCUAUGUGCAGAGCCAUGCUGAGGAGGCACUCUGUUAUAGGUUCAGAUAUGAGUGUGACAUUCAUCCCCUCGUUUCUGGUAGAGGAGCACCGUGCCUCCAUGGCCCAGCAGCCUCUGUCAUCCAUCAUGGUGGACGGCCCCUCACUCUGCCCCUUGACACCCUCCCCUACCCCUCCUGGAGGUCCAACCUCUUCCCCUACCCCUCCUGGAGGUCUAACCCCCUCCCUUACCCCUCCUGGAGGUCUAACCCCUUCCCCUACCCCCUCCUGGAGGUCUAACCCCUUCCCCUACCCCUCCUGGAGGUCCAACCCCUUCUCCUACCCCUCCUGGAGGUCCAACCCCUUCCCCUACCCCUCCUGGAGGUCUAACCCCUUCGCCUACCCCCCCUGGAGGUCAAACCCCUUCCCCUACCCCUCCUGGAGCCCCAGAUACAGCCUCAACAGUCCCAGCUCCAGGUCCAGCUACAGCCCCAAGGCCUCAAGGCCCUUCUCUACCCAGACCUGUAGUAUCAGCUACAAGUACAGCUCCAGCCUCAACGCCAACCAAAGGCCCACCCAGACCCCCACCCCCAGACAAGAGCCUAAUCCCUAA